UGAUUUAGACAGGCCCCUUUUGGUUUUUCCCUCUCUAGAACAAUUACAUCGCGUUUCUUAGCCAUCGCCUUAGGGGAAUAAUAAAGUCAAUUGCGUCCUUUUCCACCUGGAGUGUAGGGAGUACGGAGUAGAUGUAUGUAGAUGUACGGAGUAGAAGUCCGUUGAUUGGGGCUUGGUGGAUGAAUAAGCAGGCCGGUCAAUCUCUGGCGAUUCCAUCAGCCACUUUCCCGUACCAUACGCAAGCUGAACAUCAGCCCAACCUUCCACGAACGACUUGUUCUCGUCUCUGCUACUAAGCUUUCUACCACCACAAACAAAACACCAAGGAUUGCAGCCUAACACAGAGGACAAAGGAAAGGGGAGGAAGAACGACAAGACAUCUACAUACAGAUACCUGACAAGCUCCCAGAGGGACUUGGCCUGACCACCCACCCACCCUUCGACACCACCCUCCAGGGACUACUAGGCCCCCUCAAAUUCUGCCCUUUGAGCCGCAGGUCUACGUCGUCGCCAUUCGCGCCGUCAUGGCAUCAGAACCGGAUUCUGUAGACGAACAGGAUCCUCGCAAUGCUGGAGAUGAAAAGAAACAAAAGAGCCGGAGACCAGCCAACACGGCAUUCCGGCAACAACGCUUGAAGGCCUGGCAGCCUAUCCUAACUCCGAAAACUGUUCUUCCGUUAUUCUUCAUUGUCGGAGUUAUAUUUGCGCCGAUCGGAGGUCUACUGAUAUGGGCUAGUUCUACUGUACAAGAGGUGGUUAUUGAUUACACGAAUUGCGCGGCCGAAGCUCCACUUGACAAACCCGAGCCUAUGAACGAAGGGAGAUACAGCUCGUCAUUCCGGUCCCGAGAGAUUGAUACCCCAUCUUGGAAGCGUGAGGAAAAUGUGAACAGAACCUUCCCCGGUGGCGUAUCCGUGAACUCAACCGUAUGCUCGCUGUAUUUUGAAAUCCCGAAUGAUAUCGGGCCAUCGGUAUUCCUCUAUUACCGCCUCACCAACUUUUACCAAAACCACCGGCGAUAUGUUAAAUCGCUGGACCUAGAACAACUCAAGGGCAAGGCUCUCCCCAAUAGCACGAUAGAAGGGAGUCCCUGUGACCCUCUCAGGAUUGACCCGGAAACUAAAAAGGCAUAUUAUCCCUGUGGCCUCAUUGCGAACUCGGUUUUCAAUGACAGUUUCUCUUCCCCUGCCCUCCUAGGAACGUCGGACACACCAUUCUAUGAAAUGACCAACAAGGGCAUUUCAUGGAGUAGCGACAAGCAAUUAUUCGGGAAGACUGAAUACAAACCCGAUCAGAUCUGUCCUCCUCCCAACUGGAAGGAGCGAUACCCCAAUGGCUACUCCGAUGAGACUCCUCCGCCAGAUUUGCACGAGUACGAAGAACUCCAGGUGUGGAUGCGAACGGCAGGCCUGCCGACUUUUAGCAAACUGGCGAGACGAAAUGACAAAGACAUUAUGAGGGCUGGCGAUUAUCGAAUUGACAUUGAUGACUAUUUCCCAGUCCACCGCUACGGAGGGACGAAGUCUAUUGUGAUAUCCACAAAUACCGUGAUGGGUGGUAAGAAUCCAUUCAUGGGAAUUGCAUACGUAGUCGUGGGUGGGAUUUGCAUCGUUCUCGGCGCCUUGUUUACACUGGCACAUCUAGUUAAGCCACGGAAACUCGGUGACCACACGUAUCUGACGUGGAAUAACGAACAGCCGAGUACAGCCACCGCGACCGGUCGUGAAAACCGAUUCGGUGGCAGGUCAUGAUUCAUUACUUGUAGAAAAUUGAUUUCCGCUUUUUUCCCCAUUUGUUAUCAACGAUUUCUUUGCAGUUCCUACUCUGUUCAUUGUGAGGGAGUGAUUGUCAUUAGGGAUUUGGGUCUGGCGUUAUUUUUCUUUCCUGUUGAAAAACCACCCCCCCACCCCCCAUUUUUCUUUCCUCAUUCCCCUUAAACUCCCUUUUUUUCUCUUCGUUUCCUUGCCAUUAUACAUUACAUCUUUGGGACGAUAGCUGAAAAGAGCUCCCAUUUUUUCUCCCAUCUUAUAUUUAUACAUGUUUAGGCUACUCGCUUGUAUAUUCUAUCUUGUUUUCUGGCGUUUUCUUGGAUCCUCCUUUCCUCCUUUUCUCCUUUCCUGCUUUAUCUGAUGUCGCAAUUUGAUUUCGAAACUAUUUCUAUAUAUUUCUUUUCUUUUGCUUUUCUUUUCUUCUCCAUUAAUCCAAUGGAGGCAGUACAAGUUGAACACCCCACCAAGGUGUUUUCGCAAAUAUUAUCCAGCACCCAUUGCAACUAUUUCGAUGGCCUAGUAGGAUUCUUUCAAAUAGUUAGCGGAAUGGAAGUAUACUACUUUCUUCUACGUGUCUGAGUUUACUAUAUGGGCCGCGAACCCCCCUCAUAUCAUAUUGGAGACGUUAUGUUCCAUCAACCGUAGAUAUGCGUACGAAGGAAGUUGCUUAACAGGGGCAGAUAGAUAUCAUUGCGACCUUAAUGGUUUCCGUCUUGGGGUUGACUUUAUUCGAGAUCAGCCGAGCAUACUAGUUUGCCUGGUAGAGAGCCAUUUCUACGGAGUACUCUGUGGAUAAACAACUAUUAUGAUGGCCCCGCGUUUUACUGUGGCGAACGAGCAAAAGAAGAUAGUGAGUUUUGUAGAAGAGAAAGAAGAAAUUGACCGCCAAUAAUUAUGAACACCCCGUUUGAUCAUAUCUUCGUUUCCCGCCACCCGCCUCCCAUAUUAUUAUUUUCGAAAAAAAAAAAAAAAAAAAAAGUCCGCAUUUCGCAGAGAUGAUCCACGCAAUAAAUAUUCAUACUUCAUGCUGCCCACUAAACAAAACAGAUAAUUCGGACUGAAAAUAUUUAAUUUACCGUUUCCGUUUUUUGCCCUUGUCACUAUCAUCGAGCCCGCUUUCACGAUCUUUCUUCUUCGCCUGCCUCUCAAGCUCAUCCCAGUCUUCACCCGCGCUCUCAUCCUCAUCACCGCUAAACGCUUCGUCGCUGGCCUCUGCACUAGCCUCAUCGUCAAAUUCACUAUCAUCUUCAGAGCUCUCAUCAGAAGCUGCGAGUUCGGAGUCUGACAUCUCGAAGGCAGACUCCUCUUCCUCCUCUUCCUCUUCCGAGUCGGACUCCUGGCCCAAGAAGGCCCAGCCACCAUCAACGAAGAAGCCGUGCGGAUCACUAGUGACUGUCUUCAUAAUGGCGCCCCAGUUGAGGUUGAGGGGGCCUUCAGAAAACGCAAUGUCGACCGAGUCAAGCCAGUCUUUGACACCCUCUAGUGACUCGACGGGGAUAGUAUUGAUAUGAACCGGGGGUCGGUGGAAGUCUUUGAAAACAAACACCAUAUCGAAGUUUUUGAGGCCAAACUGGUUUUCGCGAACGUCCUGUUAGCCCCGUAAAAAUUCCCAAGACACAAAUAUGGGAAGAACAACAUACCUGGACACGCUCCAAAUGGGCAACCUCAAUUUCACUCAACGUCACCACUAGGAACGGAGGCUCUGUCAAUUGAACAAUAGCAUCCGUGGUGGGCUGGAUGAGCACAUUAGAGCGGUUAGGGACACCGUUGAAACCGAUUUCUCGGAAGGGAACAUCAACGUCAACCCCCUCAUCUCUGCCAGCAUCGGAGAUCUUCUCGGCAAACGCUUUGAAUUCUCGGUCCAACGCAAGUCGACGGCGUCUUUCUUCUUGCUCAGCUUCGAAUUCCUCUUCGUCUCCAUAACGGUGCUUCCGUCUGCGAUUCCCUGUUUCAUCAAACUGCAUUUCCGUAGCUUCCCGAUAGAACUGGAUGUCCUUGGUCUUCCGUUUACCAAUCAUGAUAGGAGUUUUUAGGUGGACAUGAAUGAUAACAAUCAUUUCGUGUGCACAGGGCUGGAAAAAUAAAUGUUUGACAUUGCUGAAUAAAACAUCAACAUGCUCACUCCGUAGUGGCGACUGAUAUCGGAGACCGUUCUGGUGGAUUUCAACUUCUCCUGGUACUCUUUUUCCAUCCAGCGGUGGUCGAAGAUACACAUCAGGAAGCUUUGCAGGUCGACGAUCUGGAAUAUAUCUUUUGUUAGUAAAAUCCAAAACAGCAGACAGACAAACAGGAGUUUAUCAUACUUCUAAUUUCAAUAAGCUUGUCCUGCUCAACGACAUCUUCCAUCUCCUUCUUUUCUUGUUCGCGCCUGAGAGCAUUUUUCCGAAGCUCAGUAAUAUCUUGCGCAACUUGCGCAAGUCUGUCAUUGUCCUUCGAUCUUAAUGUCAAAUUCCUCACGAAAUGCGCGGAUGGAUCUUCGAACGGCUGGUCAUCUUUCCUACCUACACCUUGUCCAGGAGACAGGAAGUUGAUACGUAGGCCGACCCAUAAUAGGAACGAUCACGGUUGAGGCUUUGUGAUCAACGUACACCGUCAAGUCUUUAACUCUAAUGGGAAGCUGGUUGUCUCGCUUGUAGGAUUCAAAACGUUUGAACUUUUUCUGUAAUGUCCCAUUCUGAUCGCCUGUGGUUCCAGCAAAACGUUCUAAGCCUUCUUUGAGUUUCUUUGCAGCCAACUCCUUUUGGUGUUCACGUCGACGGGCUUCUGCGCCUUCGUUAAUCUGCGUUGGUCGUUCAGCUCUCAAUUUAGACUUUGUGAUAUUUUUACUGGCGAUGGCACUAGACUUUGCAGUUUCGCUUUUGACUUUUGGCUUCUCAGUCUCUUCUUCGUCACCAAAAUAAAAAGAGACAGAGUCCAUGUCAACUCCCGCAUCUUUCGUAAAGAUAUGGGGCCCACUUUCGCCAACACGAACAGUGUCCGUGAUAAUCAUGGAAUAAGUUUCGUUCUUCUUGUCCUUCGGAUCUGGGUCUUGAAUGUCAGUAAAGCCGAUCAUGACACAGAGGGUCAUUCCGCUCUUAAGUACUUUGUUGUUUUUGCCGUUAAGAAUCAUAUUGGAAUCUCGCAAUUCUAUUCCAAUUCCGGCGCCGAUAUUCUUAAGGAAGUGCUUCUCCAGCUCCGGUUUCUUGGCUUUUAUCAUUCCAAGCGCUUUAUUAUACAGGUCCUUGGCCACAGCCCCAUCACGGAUGUCUUUCAUGACAGCUUCUUGGAUGCUUAACAAGAACGCGUAGUUGGUCUCUUGAGAUUUGCUAGGGUCGACCAAAAACGUCCGUGCGAUUACGGAACUGUAAGUCUUGUAGCGAAUACCAAAUCCAGCGAUGAUAAUACCGGUAUGGAGGUUGUUGGCGUCGGGAACGGCGGUAAAUCGAAGAUCGUAGCUGCCACCACUUUGGAUAAUGGGGCCAUAAGCCCAGUCGAUUUGUUGUGGAUCAAACUCGGCGGGCAGUUUAGCAAGCUUCUUAAAGAACUUUGCAUCAUCAAUUUUCGCAUCCACUCUGUUUGCCAGGUCCCUAUGAGAUAUCUUUUUCUCCUCGUCGAGAAGCUGGGACAUUUCGUCCACAAAGUAUUCCGACAUGAGACCGCUACAGGCACGGGAGGCAUUUCGCAUCGAGAUCUAUUAACCUAGUCAGGACGGGUUCUACGUGAAGAUACAGAGAAGUAAACUUCUUACCAGUUCCUCCGGGCCCUUAACAGCGAACGCAACGGAUGACAGAGCAGGCGCAAUAUCGACCUCCUCUACCUCUUUCGAUAUUUCGCCAAACACCCGCUUCCACUCCUCCGCGAACGGACCGGAGGACGUAUCUUUGGGUAGGGUGCCCACUUUCUUCUAUAGAUUUGCGUAUGGGUUAGGCCAGAUCAGUUGGUUAUCAAGGGGAAGAAAUGACAACCUACCCCGGCGCUUUUUAUGACAUCCAGACAUUUCUCGAAAACCUUCGUUCUCUGUUCGGCAUCUUUGGUGGUGACGAGGAUUUCAACUGGUAUCUUUCCACCCUUUAGAUGUUCAAGAUGUUUUGCUAUAAUACAUGCAAGUUAGCACUAAAGUAAUUGAUCCUAUAUAAGAGGGGUGGGAGGCGUUGGUAUGAUGUUACCUUUCUUUGUGGUUGUUACCACAUACAUGGCCUCAGUUGUGAAAACGAAUAGAGUCGCCGGGAACUCAUAACCCAGCAGCCA